GUAAGAUUACAAUCACUCCUGUACAGUUGUACCUUUGAUAUCGAGUACCUGCAAUAAAUCACGCCCAUACUGUAAAAGUCCUGUCAAUUAUUCUUAACCCAACUUAUUUCCAACCAACAACACCAUCGAUCACCACCCAAAAUGGCAUCCGCAUCCCUCCCAACUCUCUUCACUCUCCCCAUCAGUCCAUCCCCAGACGCCAAACCGAUUGGCUCAAUCAGCUGCCAACAACCCUCCAAAGGCGUGUACCUCCUCAUAUUCGGUUCUGCCCCCGACAACCGUCUCCUAUCCUGCUUCUGCCAAACCUUCCUGCUAGCCCUGGACAUCCUAGAAUUCGAGUACCCAACCGGAGUAGUAAUCACCACCUCAGCCAUCCCCAAGUUCUACAGCAACGGCCUCGACCUCGAGCAUGCAACGACCACUGAUGGGUUCCUCCCCAACAGCCUCUGGGCACUCUUCAGACGAUUGAUAACGUGAGUUGCGACUCACCUUGCUCCAGCGCUUCCGCAGCCCAACCUAGCCACCCAGUGAAAUGUAGAAAGCUGAUGAGUCCCGCCCCAAAAAGCUACCCCAUGCCAACCAUAGCCCUUAUAAACGGCCAUGCCUUUGCCGGCGGCUUCAUGCUAGCAAUGUACCACGACUACCGGAUCUUCAGCCCCACACGCGGCUUCCUGUGCAUCAACGAGCUCGAGUUCGGAGUUCCUCUCCUACCACCUAUGUCCAGUAUUUUCCGUCAAAAGCUCGAUCCCUCGGUCUACAAAGCCGUGGUCCUCGAAGCUAAACGCUGGAAUGGAAAAGAUGCUUUAGAAAAUAGAAUCGUCGAUGGGUUAGGGGGCCUAGAUGAAGCUCUGACUCUGGUGAAGGAGAGGAAAUUGACUUUGAUGGGUAAGACGGGAAUCUAUGGGACCAUGAAGGAAGAGAUGUUCAAGGAGACUUUGGGUUAUUUGGAAAGUAAAGAAAAUGCGAAGUUGGUUGGCGACCUGCCGGAGGGAGAAGUGAGACGAAGGGAGAAUGGAAAGAGGAGAGUUGCGGAGUGGAAGAAAAGCACCCCCAAACCAAAACUUUAGGGGGUUUCGAUCAGAUAUUGAUAUCAUCUGUGUACGAUAU